CAGUGCUCAGCCAGAGGACCGGGCUGACACCAUCACCUGCAGUGUAGUUUUGUGCAGGUUAAACUUCCAAAAAGUUUCUACUUCCUGCUCCGCCGGUUCCGUCAUGGCUCGGACCGGCUCCGGUACCGGUUCCGGUACUUUACUCUGCCGCCGGAACAUCAAGCUGGACUCCUUCCUGAAGCGGAACACGGAGCGGGCGGUGUACGAGCGGAUCCGGACCUACGAACCCUGCGUGGUGAUUUCAGAGACCAUCAACAAGGUGUACAUGCACGUGGUGCUGAGUGAUGAGCGCGUGUACCUCACCGAGUACCCCCCGCGUGCGCUCACGAUAGCCUUCAGCUUCAGGCGCGUGCGGGACAUCGAGCUGGUGAAUGACCUUCCAGAUUUCCUCAGUGGGAAAGAUAGAGAGCUCUGUCAGCACAUUCGUAUCACCUACCUCACAGAGAAGCCGGCCGCGAAGGGCCGCGAUUGGCUGAAGGACAAGAGGGAGGGGCUUCCUCCUGCAGCUCCGCCCUCUCGCAGAAACAGCCACUCUCCGACAAUAAUACGCACUUCGGAAGGAUAUCCUGCACACAGGGUUCAAGGUGAAGGAGGGACAGAGGAGGUCCACAUGUUACCGCCCACACGCUCCGCCUCCUGGCCUAACCCGGAGAGCCUUGGCCUCCUGAAGGUCCCACACCCGCCCGCUCGACCCCCCUCCAAACCCCCCUCCCUGUACUCCCUCUCCAGCUCCCCUUCUAUAUCUCCGUCGCCCUCGGAUCAAAGACUGAACAUCGGCGAGAGUGCACAGGUACCGAGGAGGAUGGGCUCAGUCCUGUCCCGCCUGUUGAGGAGAGACGGUGGGUCCAGCAGAGAGGAGAGGCAGGCUGAGCUUCAUCUUUACGCCGUGUCCCGGACGUCCAGACUUUACCUUCACCUGCAGAGCUCAUGGAACAGCUACAUUAUUAGGUCCACUCUGUCGUUAGACCCGCUCUACAGACGGAGGUGCAGCGUUUUGUCUGACUCCACUCCUGAUAAACGACUUCCUUCCAUCAGCUUGGAGCGCACAGCUCACCUGUUUGGUCAGCUGAGUGCUGAGCUCCUCCAGGAGGAGAUCAGUGUGGAGAGUCUGUACCUGCUGCUGCAGGAGCUGAGGACGGCUGCUCACCGCAACGUCGCGCUGCGCAGACUCUUCUGGAGGUCCAGUGAGGUGUGUGUCUUCCUGGUUCAGACUCUGGAGGAAUCUCUGCACGGCUGCCAGAGUCUCAGUGGAGGCUACACAGCAGAUCAGCUAUUGCUGAGCACUCUGAUCGUCCAGACUCUCGCCGUCAUGUUCAGAGAGACAGAGGUCGAAGCGGCCAGACACAUCCUGCUCUCAGCCAAAAAAGGUGCCCUGGCCUCCAGGAUGCUGCUCGCCUUGAUAUGUGAUCCUGAGCUGCAAACAGAGAACCAGGGCUCUCUGGCUGACUGUGAGCUUCAGGCCUUACUCGCUGAUUAUCUGGAUGCUGCAUGCUCUCUGCUCUUUGAAAUGCUGCUUUUGGGCCAAGAGGCAAGCAGAUGCUCCCCUGCUGAGAACUGUGUGUCCAUUGGUUGGAUCCUCAGAGUCAUACAGCCUCAUCCUCACCUGUUGGAUUUCCUCAGCUACCAGGCUCAGCACGUGGUGCUGGUUCUGUCAGACCUGCAAGAGUCCUGUCUGAGUCCUGCUCAGUGCGUCCUGCUGUUCCAGCGCUGUCGCCUCCUGCUGGCCUGUCUGCAGUACAACAGCCAGCUGGCACAGCACCUCCGAUCUCACUUCAGGGAAGAGUUCAGGUACUCUGUGAAGCUGUCAUGUGCCGAGGAGAAGCUUCCCCUUCAAUACCCGAUCAGCCAGCCGACGCUGCGCCUGGUCGAGCAGAUCCUGACUCUGCACAGAAAACUGCACACAAACACGCGUGCACUAACAUCAGAAAAAGGAUUGUGACAGUGUGUGUGCCUUCACUGAAGUGACUGACACUGUGCUUUGAGCUUAAUGACUGCUGUAUUUUAAUUAGAAAAGCACAACUGUCCUCUGCAACAGACAUUUUUCCUUUUAUAUGGCAGAGACAGAAAAAAGCAGGACGAAGUAAAUAAAGCACAAAUCUUCAGGUUUCAUAGAAGUUCACUGGCCCCGGUUAUGUAAUAUAUUUGAUUCUUUGAAUGACAGAAGGGAACUCUGCGUGUCAUUAAAACUAGCCAGUGUUUUUUCUUUAUGAUCUUGGGCCGUGACAUUUUUUUUGUGGAGCUGCAAAGGACGAGAAAGCACAUCAGGAGUCGACAACCAUGCAAGCUGCUCUGUGGUGCUUUGAGCAAGUAGCUUUCAUCAGCACACUAACAUAUCAACAAGGGCUAACAUGCUGAUGUAAAAGCAGGUAAUUAUGUUUACAAUCGUAACAAAUCUACUUUAGUGUGUUAAGAUACUCACAUUUUAUAUUUGGCGCUAAAAACAAACAAAAGCAGGGGCUGAUGGGAUGUCUUAAUUGUGGAGUUUUGUCUUAAAUGUGAUCACUUAAGUUAUCACAGUUUAUCCUAAGGGGGACAUGCAUGUUUAAAUAAUUACAUAAUGGUGGUCCAUCCAACUUCUGCAGGGAAAUUCAACUAAACAUGCAAUCAUCCACCUCAUGACGGUGCUGAAGGAAGGUCAGAAGAUCACAAAUACAUCAAGGACAAUCCAUCUAAUAGUUUCUAGAACAUUAAGUGUUGGAAACUCACCAAUCAGCUUUGCCAUUUGAAGUGCGAUGUGUAAUAUGACAAACAAGAGGGAGAUGUGUUUUUAACAAAAAAGUGAAAAAAAUGUUUGUAAAGUCCUCUGAAUUUUGCGAGAGAAAAAAGUCAUCCAUCCAUUAUCUGUACAGCUUAUCUCAUUUGGGGUCGUGGGUUGCUGGAGCCGAUCCCAGCCGCCAAUAAACGAGUUGUUUACUGAACUUAAAGGGAACUCAGAAAGUGCUCGCCUCUGCCUUGGACUUCAAUUUUUAAAAAAGUCUGACUCAGAUCCUCCAGAAUGAAAUCCAAACUUCCAUUAUUAAUUCAUUUGUGUCCCACAAGAAAACAAAAUAAAUCAGAAAAUGAAUCCUUGUUAUCUUUUAGAAGAUAAAAAUGGAGCUGGUCUCUGUGUUGACGAGGCUUAACUUUUAUAUUAAGCUGCGUUGUGUUUUAGUGUCGGGCCUAUUGUCAGGCUCAGUUGUUUUUUUGCACAAGGACUAAGUUAGUUUGAAGUCCGAAUCUUCAGUCUGUUUUCAUGAUGAAAUAAUAAUAUGUAGUGAACAUAUUUCUGAAUAUUACUGCAGCUGGUCUUCUGGUUAAUAUUCUGAUUACUGAUUGUAUUAAAGUACAAAUAGCCGCCUAGGUAACAGCUGUUUGCCUGAUAUUCUCAGUCCUGAAUGUUUGGUGAAUCCUGUUUCUAUUUAGUUCAUACAUUUUGAUUUUCAGCAGUUUCAUUCUAAUCUAGUCUUAAACCCGUCACUUCUUCUGUGGUUUUUCUCCCUCAUGCACUCUCGUUCUGUGAAUAACCCCGUGUGCACGAUUGUAUGCUGAAUGUGUUAAGUUUGAACUCAAUGUUUUUUUUCUUCAUCACUUCAAACAUGAGAAAAUCUAGGUUUUGGCUUCUUUAAAUUAUUUUUGUUCAUGUGUUUUGACUCUCAUAUCAACCACCUCUGUGUCUGAUGUUUAUUUAAAUGUGCCUCAGGUGAUGUGGUCCUAAAUAAAGCAAAGUCUCCAAACUGA